AUGGAGCUUACUCAGCUCGGUUUUCUGGAGGAACUACUAGCUCCAAGAAGAGACACUUGGAGCACUUUUUCCUCUGGAUUGGGCGAGAUGUUCCCCAAUAAUGAUUGGAGUUUUGAUUCUUUUGAAGAGAUCCCACAUUUAGCUCCUUUGAAUCCUCUAUUACCUUCAUUUUCCGCUCCACUGGACCCUAGAUUUGAGUGUCCAUACACUAAUGAAGCAGCAGCAGCAUACCCUUCUGUUGAUGGAUUCACCGUAACAGAGCUUGACUCUACAUUCGGCAGGAAUGGAGAUUCAACACUAUUUCCUGCACAAGAAAGUAACCCAUCAAUAGAGGAUGAAGAGUUUGGCUUUCUGGGGAGUGAAAAUCAGAGCCUUGAAGAGAUGAACACUGCCUGCAAAGUUGAGGAACAAGCCACUGAAGUUCCAGUCUUCAACAUGGGUUUGUGUGGGGAGAAAAAACCCAAGUCCAAGAAGCUGGAAGGGCAGCCCUCAAAGAAUCUAAUGGCAGAAAGAAGGAGAAGAAAGCGCCUCAAUGAUCGCCUUUCCAUGCUAAGGUCAAUUGUUCCAAAGAUCAGCAAGAUGGACAGGACCUCUAUUCUUGGAGACACCAUAGACUAUAUGAAGGAGCUUCUAGAAAGGAUAGGUAAGUUGCAAGAAGAAAGAACCGAAGAGGGGAUAAAACAGAUAAACCUCAUGGGUAAAUCCAAAGAGAUGAAGCCAAAUGAAGUGAUGGUAAGAAAUUCGCCCAAGUUUGAGGUAGAGAAGAGAGACCAGGACACAAAAGUCAGUAUCUGUUGUGGCACAAGGGCUGGAUUGUUGCUAUCAACAGUGAACACCCUUGAAGCAUUAGGCCUUGAGAUUCAACAAUGUGUUAUAAGCAGCUUCAAUGAUUUUUCGAUGCAAGCAUCUUGCUCAGAGGUAGCCGAGCAGAGAACUAGCAUUAGCUCUGAAGAGAUAAAGCAAGCACUGUUCAGAAAUGCCGGAUAUGGCGGGAGAUGUCUAUAGGACGAAGAUAUGAGCAUUAGGCAAGUAUCUAAAACAAUUUCCAGAUGGUGUAAACGAAGCAAUUUUUACCUAUAUGUUCUUUCGGAAUAAAUUAGUAUUGAUUGAUGAUGUACUUCAUACAGCUCUACCUUUUAUUUUAUCAUAUAUUGGGGUAUCGCAGUACAA